AUGGUCAAAAUAAUUUUCUCCUCCGUGAUCCUGCUGGCAGCCUCUCGCUUCAGUGCUGCCUUUGUCCCUGCUGCCCGCACUUUUGGAAGCCGAAGCAGCACUGCCAUUUUUGGAAGUGACAGUGAUUUUGAUGAUUUCUCCACAAAGGUUGCCUUCAUGUUCCCUGGCCAAGGGGCUCAAUUUGUUGGUAUGUGCGCCGAAGUCUGCAAAGAUGUCCCAGCAGCCAAGGCACUCUUUGAUGAAGCCAAUGAAAUUUUGGGAUAUGAUUUGUUGGAGGUCUGCACGGAAGGACCCAAAGAAAAAUUGGAUUCCACUGUCAUCAGUCAACCUGCUAUUUUUGUGGCCAGUAUGGCAGCUGUUGAAAAACUCAAGCAAGAGGAAGGACAAGAAGCUUUGGAUAGUGCCACUUGUGCCAUGGGAUUGAGUUUGGGAGAAUACUCAGCACUUUGCUUUGCCGGUGCAAUCUCCUUUGCGGAUGGAGUCAAAAUCACAAAGGCUCGUGGGGAAGCCAUGCAGGCUGCUUCUGAUGCAAUCGACACAGGCAUGGUUUCGGUUAUUGGACUUGACAGUGGAAAGGUCAAGGACCUUUGCGCCAUGGCCACUGAGAAAUCAGGAGAGAACAUCCAAAUUGCCAACUACCUGUGCAAAGGUAACUAUGCUGUCAGUGGAGCCUCCGCUGCAUGCGACUCUGUUGCUGAAUUGGCCAAGCCAGAAUUCAAGGCUCGGAUGACUGUCAAGCUUGCGGUUGCUGGAGCUUUCCACACUGAAUUCAUGUCCCCUGCUGUUUCUUCUUUGGAAGAUGUCUUGGCUGAUGUUGAAAUCAAAAAGCCCCGCAUUCCUGUGAUCAGCAAUGUGGAUGCCAAGCCCCACUCUGACCCCGACACCAUCAAGAAGCUGUUGGCCACCCAAGUUACUUCUCCUGUUCUCUGGGAAAACACCAUGGACCUGAUGCUCGGCAAGGACUUUGAGAAGGCGUACGAAUUGGGACCUGGAAAGGUGACUGCUGGAAUCCUCAAGCGAUUCUCCAAGAAAGCUGAAUGCACGAACAUUGAAGUAUAG